AUGAUGCUGCGGCGCGUGGCGUCGGCGCCGGUGCCCGACUGGCUGGAGGCGCUGCUGGCCACGCGCUUCUUCCUCGCCUGCGCCGCGCACCCGGCGUCCCCGCGCAACGAGUGCAACAUGUUCUGCCUCGACUGCAGGGGCCCGCCGCCGCCGGCCUUCUGCUACUACUGCCGCGCGCACCGACACUCGUCCCACCGCGUCAUCCAGAUACGGCGGUCCUCCUACCACGACGUGGUCCGCGUGUCCGAGGUGGAGGACGUCCUGGACAUCUCCGGCGUGCAGACCUACGUCAUCAACAGCGCCAGGGUGCUCUUCCUCAACGAGCGGCCCCAGCCGCGCGGCGCCGGAGCCGCCGCGGGCAAGGCCGCCGCGUCCCCCUACAACUGCGAGAUCUGCGGCCGCGCGCUGCUCGACCCCUUCCGCUUCUGCUCCCUCGGAUGCAAGUUGGUGGACACAAAGAGGAGCAACGGCCACGCGGCGGCGGACACCGACGGCGGCGGCGGCGCGGCCAAUGGCAAUCACGAGGAGGCGGAGGCCACCGGCGGGAGCAAGAACGGCCCGGGGGCGCGGCCGCAGGGACGGCGGCGGAAGGGGACCCCACACCGCGCGCCGUUCUGGUCCUGA